AUGUCGUCCAAGGUGUUCCCAACAAUCGCCAAGAUCGAGACUUUUCUCGUUUCAGCUGAAGGCGAUGGAGGGGAUUAUCACAGGCAGAAGAAAGGACAUUGGAUUAUCGACACUCCUAUUAGCAACCCGAUGUCUGGCUACGAGGAGUAUCGACACUCCCGAACUAGUUGGGGAAUUGGUGUUCUUGGUUCUCUUUUCGUCACAAUUACGGCGUCAAACGGAGUACAGGGAUUUGCAACUGGAUUCGGAGGCCCGCCAGCGUGUUGGCUCAUCAAUGAACACUUUACUCGCUUUGUUGUAGGAUCUGAUCCUCGCGACACUAAUAGAAUAUGGGAUCAGCUAUUCCGUGCCAGUAUGUUCUACGGAAGGAAAGGCAUCACGUUGGCCGCAAUAAGCGCUGUCGACCUUGCGAUUUGGGAUCUGCUCGGGAAGCUGAGGAACGAACCGGUCUAUAAACUUAUUGGAGGCCGCACCAAAGACAAGAUUCCUUUCUAUUGUACAGGACCUUUACCAACAGAAGCCCGUCGAAUGGGAUUUUGGGGUGCAAAAGUGCCUCUCCCAUAUAGUCCACUAGAUGGUUUUGAUAGCAUGCGCAAGAAUCUCGAUUUUCUCAAAGCUCACCGCGAAAAAGUGGGACCUGACUACCCCAUUAUGGUAGAUUGCUACAUGUCCCUUAAUGUUCAAUAUGCUAUCGAGAUUGCGCAAAAGGCAAUCGACGAGAAGAUUGAUAUCAACUGGUGGGAAGAGGUUCUUCACCCAGAUGACUUUGACGGUCACAAGUUAUUGAAGUCCGCCUUACCCCAAGUGAAAUGGACAACGGGGGAGCACGAAUACAGCCGUUACGGGUUCCGAAAAUUGAUUGAAGGUCGUUCGGUGGAUAUUAUUCAGCCGGAUGUUAUGUGGCUCGGAGGGAUGACUGAGCUUCUCAAAAUGAGCGCAAUGGCGAGCGCGUACGACAUCCCGGUCAUUCCCCAUGGCAGUGGUCCCUACUCAUACCACUUCGUGAUGUCCCAGCCUCAUAGUCCGUUCUGCGAAUACAUCGCAAAUUCACCGGACGGAAAGAGCAUACUCCCUGUAUUCGGAUCUCUAUUCACGAACGAACCUGUUCCCCAUGGAGGCUCCCUGGACGUGUCUGACGCCCCCGGGUUCGGGUUAGAGCUCAACCCGAACGUGACUCUGAUCCCAUCGAAUAGUUUCAUUGCCCCGGACCCUGCGAAGCCACUCGGUGCUGCCGGUUGA